AUGGAGCAAAAGUGCCACGAGUGCGGUUCGGAGAAUGGCAAGUACCGUUUCAAGUGUUGCCCAAACACCUUUUGCUCCAUCGCCUGCUUCAAGGCGCACAAAUGCACAGAGGACCCGUCCUACAGGGCCAUGAGAGCCCAAAAGCACUCGAUGGAACCAAAGCCAAAGCCCAGAGGAAAGGAAUGGAUCACUGGACUCACGGAAUCACAAAUGGCAGUCAUACGAGGAGACGAACGCAUGCGCGGAUACCUCAAGAAUGACACGCUGAGGAGAGUACUGACCAAGAUUGCAAAUUCCGAAGACCCCGUUGGCACCACCAGCCUCUUUAUGGGCGACCAGUACUUUAGCGAUUUUAUAACGUACACGCUCAAGAUUAUUAAUCGAGAUGAUUCCAGCGCGACAAACAUGUGA